AAAUGUGCAUGUAUCAUGCUCUGAUUCUCAUGGAUAUUAGCUCUAGUGGUAUAUAGGUGUUAGAUCCAGGCUAACUUGUGACCUUCAUUUACGUCUAUAAAUUCUUGAACGAGGGAGGAAUUGUUACGUAAUAAAUUGCAAGUGUGCUUAUUAUGUGCUGGUGUUAUUGUUUACAGAAAACUAUGUGCACUGUGAGGGCUAAUAAUAAAUAUGGUGUCUUAGCCUAGUUGUGUUUUUUUCCUCUUCAAAAUGUGCGUGGAGUUAAGAGGAAAUCUCGUGCUGUUUUUCGCAUUCUUCUGUGUCAUAUUUGUUUCAGGAAAUUUGGAACCUCCUCCAAGUGUCACCGUUCAGCCAUCUGCAAACACUAUAGAAGUUCUCAAAAACAGCCGCCUUGUUAUAAACUGUCCUAUUACCUCAGACAUAAGUAACAUCACAAUCUCAUGGACAAAAGACGGAAUUGUACUGCUACCUCAAAAACGGGUAUACGUAGCAUUAGACGGGUCUCUUAUCAUCGAAAAAUUCCUCAAGAAGCGUAGAAAGUCACGUGAUGACACUGGAUUUUACGAGUGUUAUGCAACAAAUAGCUAUGGCACAUUUAUUGGAAGACAGGUAGAGGUGAAGGUUACAAAGCCAACAUUACGUAUCGAACCUGAAAACAUCAAUGUUAUAGCUGGAGGUGUAGCAAGGUUUCAGUGUCAGAUAGAGUCUGCGUCCCCAAAAGCACCAUUCUGUGUAUGGGAACAUCCGACACAGGGCAGUCACUUAAACAGUAUGACGAGUCACCUGGGUAUUCUGCAGCUGUACAAUGUUUCAGAUACAGACGGCGGAGAAUACACGUGUAGAUAUUUCACAAGUCUUCACUCAAGCGAUGUUUUAGAGAAAAGUGCCUUUCUAUCGGUUCAUUCAGGACAAUUGCCUGGAAUACCGACACUGCUGAACACACCUCAGAAUCUCAGUGUAAUAUCGGGUAGACCUGCCCUUCUCGAGUGCCUCGUCGAGGGAGGUCAAAAUGUAAAAAUCUCAUGGAGAUACUCAAAUGGAAGCGAGGUACGUCACGAAAGAGGAAAAAUCAAUUUAUCGGGUCGGUUGAAUCUUCAGUUCACAAACACAAUAAGCGACGAUGCCGGCACAUAUAGAUGUAUUGUACAACACGCCAAUGGAAACCUGGCAAGGGACUACCAUCUUGAAGUGAAAGUGCCGCCGAAAUUUACUGUGACACCGUCAGAAUACUCCGCUAACGUCCUGGCAGCGAUAACAAGGCUGACGUGCAAAGCAACAGGCAACCCGGAACCCACGGUACAAUGGUACAAAAACGGGUAUAAGAUAUACCCAGCUCCGGGUGUACAGGGCACAACUCUUCAGAUUAAUCCGCAGCUGAUACUGUAUGGUCGGCUGGAAGACACUGGAUAUUAUCAGUGUAUAGCAAACAAUUCACUCGGCAUUAAUGUGGCAACCUCCUGGGUCGUCUUUGAAAGACAGCUUUAUACACCGGAUAUCGUGACAAACGUAACAGCAACGGCCCUUUCCGCCACAGAGGUUAAUGUGACAUGGUCACCUGCCGCCACACCUGACGGCUAUCCAGUAAUGGCUUACUUAGUGGAGUAUCAGUUCGUGCAUGAUUUGCAAUGCCCAGGAAGGUGUAGCUUCCAAACAAAAAGUGAGAGAGAUGUAUCAAAACCUAAUUACGUAGUCAUUGAUAACCUUCAACCAUAUACAAAAUACAGGUUUGCGGUGCAGUGCAUGAAUGCCAAAGGAGCAAGUAGUAUGUCUAAAGCCGUAACUGUCCGUACAUUGGAAGCAGUUCCAAUUUCGGUGCCAGAUGUUCAGAUUAUGCCAGACUCGAGCACCAGUUUUCGUGUUGCUUGGACCGAAAUUCCGGAAUCGGACCGGAACGGAGUGAUUACUAAGUACCAGCUAAGUUACGGUACAAAGGACAGAAUGAUCACUGUCAUACAACUUCCGGCUGACACAAAGGACUACCUUGUUACAGGACUGGAACCAGACAGUGAAUACGUUGUAAAGGUUUUAGCAGGAAACUCCAAAGGAUUUCCAGAUAUUGAUAAUUGGGUAUCCUAUCGUACGCCAGUAUCAAAUAUUAAUGGAUCGUCUGUUCCUUCACUGACUUUUGAACCUUUAAACUCAACCGCAGUCUCAAUUCAGUGGUCCAAUACAGACGCAGACUUCGCUGGAAGCUAUCGUGUAGUUGUACAAAAACUGCUACAAAGUGGGCUUGUCAGGGAAUUCAACGUUUCAGCUCUUACAACACGGCUUGACAUCGGUGGUCUAGAAAACAGAGUUUUCUACAAAAUUGACUUCAUGAAAAGGGACGAAAUGAACGUGGUGCGAGGUUAUGUGACAGAGUUGUACCAGUCUGUAGGUCCAGAAGGUGAAAUGGAACCCCCACCUCCUCAUAUUCUGAACCCGGAAACUCGUUCGUCGUCCAUCAUCAGUUUGUCAUGGGAGAAACCGAAAACGAGGCUCAAUAUCGUCAAGUACACUGUAAAAUUCAUGCGCAGCGAGGGAGAUUCCCCACAGUUCAUAGACAGCUUCACUACCCAAAUUACUCUCCAAAAUUUGCGUCCGUUUACAUGGUACACUGUGGCCGUACAAUCGCACACUGAUACUGCGGAUGGUCCAUUCUGCAAGCCAGUUAUUGUACAAACUAAAGAAGGAAUUCCUUCUCCGCCUGAGAUAUUGGUUGCUGAGGUUGUCUCCCCUGGAACAGUAAAGCUGAAAUGGGGACCUCCAAAACAGCAAAAUGGCAUUAUAACAUACUACAUCAUUUAUUACAACUCAAACAAAGAUGUAGCUGAUGAUGACUGGUCCUCUAUCCAUCAGAAUGCAUCCCAUACAUCAGUGGUGCUCGAGGAUCUGAAGAGCGAAGUUUACUAUUUUAAACUGAGGGCUUGCACUAAUGCUGGAGCGGGGCGAACGUCACGUGUCAUUAUGAUUGACACACUAGACUGUAAUAGCUGCCCCAAGUGUAAAGAUUCUGAAUCAUGUUCAGAUGAAUCCGUAGGAAGUAAGACUAAUGUGUUUGAGCAGCGUCUUGGUAUCAUUAUUGGCUGCGUAGUUGGCUUUGUCUGUAUUUUCAUUUGUGUCACCUUUGUCGUCUUUAAACAAAGGGAAAUGAGGUCGAGAUACCAGAACAGAACAAGGACUGAACUAGCAUGUCGGUUCAACCCAAAUGAGCAACCAGGUCGUUACAUCGGUAACACUGAUACCGCCCGACUUCAUCAUUAUUCUACUUAUUCACCCAUGUUGAGACGGAUGCUUGAAAACACUGAUUAUACUUACAAGGCUGGUAACGAACAGCGCGCAUUAUUGUCUCCCAGCUCGACCGGAAGUGUAAAUAACCAGACGAGCACCAGUAACACCGACUCGUGUGAUACUACUCCCUGUAGUAGUGACUGUGACAUUGUUUAUCAUCCAAUAAAGAAUUGCGAGUCUGUGGAGACAGGGCUGAUGCUUGCGGAAAGCAGAGAUAAGGAUAUGACUCCCAUUAACUGUAGUUAUAAUGAUUCUAAAAUUAGUGGUGAUGACACACCACCCGUUUUAGAAGCUAAUACAGGGAAUGCUUCAAGCAUUGGUGAAAGAAGUGAAAAUGGCAAUCCAGGUGAAGAGUCAUCUUAAAUAAACUUUACAGCUAUUUUUAUUUUCAAAAUUUUCGACUUGGUAUGCGUCUUCGUCAAAUGUUGCAAUCAGAUGUAUCCUGUGGUUUUAUAGAAACUAAAAACUUUGAGCCGCACCAUGAGAAAACCAACAUAGCGUAUUUGCGACCAGCAUGGAUCCUGACUAGACUGCGCAGAUGCUUUUGCUUUCAAAGCCUAUUGCAAUAAGGGAAACCGUUAGCGAACAGCAUGGAUCCUGACCAGACUGCGCAGAUUGGUCUGGAUCCAUACUGGUCGCAAACGCACUAUGUUGGUUUUCUCAUGGUGCGGCUCAAAUUAAUUUUCUGUUAAAAGAAUUCAAUAGCCGCAGUUAAACCUUCCGGCUUGAAUAAAAACAAAACUUGACAGAAUGUGCAAAGGCAUUUAUUAGCAACAUGGCAUGAAGUUAUUCCAUUUUUGCCUAAAUUGAUAGUUAUAAUUUAUACAAAAAGCAUUAAUUAGUCAGGCGCUAGUGCGGUUGUCUUACUCUUGUACUACUGACCUAAGUGUUGUGGCAAUAAUUUUGCAAAAUGUUUGGUCAUUUAGGAAAAGAAAUUUAACGCAUUGAAACUAAUUAAUCGUAUACCAAUGGUUUUAUACCUUUGAAAUAUUAAAAACUAAUAAUAUCAUUAGGAUGGAAGUUACACUUUGCUAGGUAACUCUUCCUUGUCUUUAAAAAUGGAAGCUUUGCAAUAUUGUUGUUUUUCAAAUUAUCUUAUUAUGAGAGUUUAUACCAAUGAUACUUUUAAAAUCUUAUGGUACCUAACAACUGCUGUGAAAAAAAUAUUAUAAAAAUCUGGGUUUUUUUUCACGAUUUAAUCUGAAAUGCACAAAUAUAACAAUAUGUAUGUUAGCACUAAUAUAACGAAAUUAGUUCAGAAAGAAGCAUUUUAUUUGAUAUAGUCAAAUAUAAUAGUUUCAUACAGUUUAGUUACUAAUCAAAAUUACCCUCGGAUAAACACACGCUACAAGAAACUACAUUUAUAGUAUUUUGUAUUUAAUAAAAAUGCUAGUAAUUUGAAUAUGUCAAUAGAUGAUCCCUUUUCAUCCAACGGUUCACAAAAAAACUUCGAAGAAGACACAUACCAGGAAGAACAUAUCAUAAUAACACAAUUGACAUGCCAGCACGAACAAGCGUUUUCUCUGUUCUGUUUUCGAGACUUUUAACUACCUCAGACACAUGUUUUUUACAGGGAUUCAACCUCAAGUGUGCUUUUUGAAAAGGCGGAACUGCCAGACGUUCAGGGCAUAGAUAAAUUUGGCAUCAGUUUCAAAUAGUAUCAGGGAAAACAAUUUUUAUUUACAUUUUGUGCUUUGAUAAUAGGUUAAUGUUGACACAAAUAGUAUACCUCGAUUCAGUACCUAUAUUGUUCUUUAUCUGAGGUUUUUCUUACAAACAACCACAGAAUUCUGAUUUUUGAGCUGUAAAUAGCCCCUGUCAGAUAAUUGCUUGUUUAACUAAUUCUGUAACAAGCUUUUUCGUAAAUUUCUUCUUAAUUUCACAAGAACCAAAUAUACAAUUAACUUUUUUUUAAACGCGCCGCCACGCGAUAUUUUAUCAAUGUUAUUAAACUCAUGUUUAAUGAAUAUAUAAGACUUGCCACACUAUUAAAACAAUAUGUAUAUAAUAAUCAAAAUUAAGAUAAAAUCGAAUUGUGCAAUCAUACAAUACAAUCUCGCUUAUUUUAAAAAUUCACAAAAAUACAAUUAAAUAUACAUUGAUGUAUGAAAUGAGUGACGAAAUAAAAUGUGGAGAAUAUUACUUUUUUUUAAAAAUGGUGGCAAUUGUAAGACAAAAACUUUUCAUAUGUAAGACGGGACAACGGUGUUUUUCUUUGGGUUUUUAGGGUUUUUUAUUAAUCUUUUCUUUCCUUUUAAUGAAAUUCACCCGUUUGCUAAAUCAAUAAUAAAAUCUGUGAAAAGAUCCAUUGGAAGCCUAGAACACAACCAAGUAAUAAAAUAGCAGACUUGGUUUGAUUGAAUCUGUUCAUGAGGGGUAAUGAAAUGUGCAACGUCAUGAUCCCAAAGGACCUGAAAAUAUAACAACACCGAGUCCAUUUAUUUAUUGGAAAAGUUGUGGCAGUCGUUAAUUGAUAAAAAGAGUAUGAAGAGAUCGUUCGAUGCUGUUGAAAGAACGUUAUGUUGUUAAUAACCCCUUGUUUUAAAGGUCUUCUGUAUUAGAGAAUGUUCCUGCUGUAAUUUUAACCUUUACCCUGCUAAAUUUCUAAAAUGGACUAAUCCAUCAUUCAGUUUGGGCAUUCAAAGGGGUGUUCACUUAAAAUUAACUGACUGAAUAGCGAGCAGUGCAGAUCAUGAUCAGGCUGAUCUUGGUCUGCACUGGUCGCAAAGGCAGAAUCACUUGCCGCCAGCAGGCUAAAGGUUUAAGAUAUAUGCAAAAUGUGAAGAUUUGUUUUAAAUGUAAGUUGUACGUCAUUCUAAUUGGCUCCAGGGGCGAUAACUCUUAAGAACGUUUUACUGUUUAUUUCAAGGCCAAGAAAGCUUCAUUCCCUGCGGCAUAGUUUGGCUAUAGAUCUUUUUUAAAGUUUUUUUUUUUUUCAAAACUUUUUGAAAGGUUAAGGUUCAGAUGGUUUAUUACUAUGCAAUUUAAAGAAAAGGUGGCUGAAUUAACAAUUGAAAAUACGUGAUUUAAAUAUAUGCUAGGUUAUAAAUACAAAAGUAUUAAAUUCAUUUUGAAAAACAAUCAAGUUCAUAUUAAGAUCUUUUGAGUUCUUUAGGAUGAUGUAUAAUAUCAAUAUUUUCAUCAAACAUUUAAAAAGAAAUUGUCGGAAAACCUUGUUAGGAAUUAUGUGAAUCAGACAUUAGAAUAUGUUUUUGAAUCAUAAUUAUAGAGUAUAGGUAGGCGUAUUAUGUUUUAGCAUAUCAUUUUUAUACAUUGUGUGUUGACGUGUCCGUCUUAUGUAUAUCACAUCAUUAUGUGUACUACUUGUAAGAAUUUCUUUUAGUUCUGUCUGUGUAUUGUAACGAUUUUGUUCUAAAGUUAUGAAAUUUAUAUGUCUUCUAAUGGAAUGGCCAGGUAAUUAAAGGUCCUAAAGAUAUUUCUGUUUCUGAUUUCUGAUUUUAAUGACCCUAUUUCUUCGUGAAAAUAUGUAAAUAGGAGCAAAAAUGAACCUUCUUUUUUUGCUCGUCCUUUCUGCAUUGGUUUUCAUUUUUAAUGUCUUCCGCCUCAAAGUUUAUCUCUUACUUAAAGGUGUUCAAGGCAGCUGAUUCAUAGUUUUUUAUGCUGACUAUGAUUAGAUUUUUUGCCAGCUUUAUUGUGUAAUUGUUAUUGAAUAUUGUUCUUUAGAGUGGAUGGGUUUAAAUACAUUUGCUGACGCGGUAUUGGUAUAUGAAACAUUGAAUAGAAAUGCUUGGCUUUCCUCCCUAAGAAGUGUAAUGUAGGAAACAUUUCUGAAGUUGACAGCCUUACUGAUGACUUUAAUCCUUAUCUCCUGCCCAACAUCCGGUUCCGCCCCUCAGCUAGCUGCUUAUCAAUGAUCACCGUCUUUCGGCCUCUAAGUAACGAUAAAAGAAAAUAAUGAAAAUAUUACACCCUUGAUAAAGUGUGAUUUUAUGUAAACAGUGUGUCCUUUAUGUUAAUUACUAGUCCUCCCUGUAUAAAUUGCUGCUUUCAUUUACCUGUUAUCUGGUGAAUUUACUCGAGUUAAAACCAGUCUGUGAACACAAAAGCAAUUAUUAUUUACUAAAAAUAUUCUUAUUAAAGAGCAAAAGAAGCAAUUUUCGUUUGUUUCAACGGAUUGGCUAUUUUUGGUCAAAAUAUACCCAAAGAGGAAGAAAUGAAAUAAACUAAGCUUUUUUCUAGCUUUCCAUGACUAUUAUUUUAGGCUUACAUGCUACAUAUACGAAAUAGUAAUCAGCUUUAAACACUACUGGGAGUAAGAGCAGAUAACAAUGAACAUUGUUUGAACGUUUUGUAUACAUGUAGGUUUGCUAUAUAGUGUAUAUUGUCGGCUAUUUCGUAUAACACGUGCUCACUCUGAGAGAAACAUACGCGAAGCGUGGCCAGUAUUUGCCCUUUCCUCAGGCUUAUUUUAUGCGCGUAUGUAAGUUGAUGUUUGGUCACAAGCAGUUACCAAUAUGAGGUACUCAUUUCGCAAAGUUUCAGUCGAUUUAGUUAGCAGGAAAAAAAAUCUUUAUGUGUAUGUUGUAACACCGCAUUAGAUGGAACCUUGGCUUCUCAGCAUAAAGAAGGUUAAUUGUUCAGAUAAGAACAUUUAACCUGCGCUGACAUGUUUAGUAGCCCGGUGUCUUACUGCUGAACUACUGAUGAACUCCAUCUCAUUACUACUUUGAACUAGACCAGUACUUAAAUUGCGGGUAGACCUAAGUUUUGAUAAACUAGUAGACAUGUUUUUAGAUUUUAAUGGACAACGUAUGCAUUAGUUUUGCUCUGUUUGACGAAUUAUUGUUUUUACUGGUAAUUAUAAACCUCAGUUCAAAUCAGCUUCAUUCCGCUCAAAACAACUAAAUCAGCACCAGGUUUCUGUUUACAUAACUUAGUCAAGAUACAAUAUGAGCCAUGCCAUGAGAAAACCAACAUAAUGGGUUUGCAUCCGCGCAGUCUGGUCAGGAUCCAUGCUGUUCGCUAUCAAAGCCUAUUGGAAUUAGGGAAACUGUUAGCGAACAGCAUGGAUCCUGACCAGACUGCGCGGAUGCGCAGGCUGGUCUGGAUCCAUGCUGGUCGCAAACCCAUUAUGUUGGUUUUCUCAUGACACGGCUCAUAUAUUGUAUGAAACUUGCGAGCAUAAUGCUUGAAUUCACAUUACUUGAUAGGUCAUUAGGCCUUAGAACUAUAUGUUAUACAACUAGAAGCCCUGAUGUAUUUAGGCACAUGUUGUUUUCAAAACGGUUAAAGGUCAGUAUCUGCUUUACACAGAACAGUGCGCUGAAUCAUCAUGUCGUAGAAUAGACCCUGAACAAUGCUUGAAUCUUCAAACCACCCUUUUAGACACGGAUUGGAGAUAUUAACAUCCAUGUAACGCUCCCUUGUGAUAGUCUCUAUUGUUAUUGCAAAGAUUCACCUUAAAUGACUUUUUUUUAAAUUUGGAUAAAUUGUUAAAUGUAUAUGCGCGUAGUUUUACAAUUUACAAAAGUGUUGUUGUUGUUCUUGUUGUUGUGAUUUAGUUAAAAUAGAAAUUGUCACCAGACCAUAGUUUCACAAACAAAUUGUCGUGGUUUGAAAAUUGUAACAUUAAAGAAAUAAAAUAAAUAGAAUGGG